CGCUCAGGCCCCCGCCCGCUCUAUGUGGCCCGGCCCGCGGCGGCCGGCGGCUGGGAGCGGCGAGGCGGCGGCGGCGAGCGGCGGCCCGCGAGGCCCGGGAGGUGGUGGCCGAGGCCCAGGCGGCGGCGGCAGCCCAGGAGGCGGCGGACGGGGAGCGGCGGGAGCAGGCUCGGCUGCAGAAUGCGCGUCCGCCGGGGGCUGCUGCGGCUGCCGCGCCGCUCGCUGCUCGCCGCACUCUUCUUCUUCUCGCUGUCGUCCUCCCUGCUCUACUUCGUCUAUGUGGCGCCCGGCAUAGUGAACACCUACCUCUUCAUGAUGCAGGCUCAAGGCAUUCUGAUCCGGGACAACAUGAGAACCAUCGGAGCUCAGGUUUAUGAGCAGGUGGUUCGGAGUGCUUAUGCCAAGAGGAACAGCAGCGUGAAUGACUCAGAUUAUCCUCUUGACUUGAACCACAGCGAAACCUUCCUACAAACCACAACGUUUCUUCCCGAAGACUUCACCUACUUUGCAAACCAUACCUGCCCUGAGAGGCUCCCUUCCAUGAAGGGCCCAAUAGACAUAAACAUGAGUGAAAUCGCAAUGGACGACAUCCAUGAAAUCUUCUCCAAAGACCCAGCCAUCAAGCUCGGAGGUCACUGGAAGCCUUCGGAUUGCAUGCCUCGAUGGAAGGUGGCGAUCCUCAUCCCUUUCCGGAACCGCCACGAGCACCUCCCAGUCCUGCUCAGACACCUGAUUCCCAUGCUGCAGCGCCAGCGUCUGUGGUUUGCGUUUUAUGUGGUUGAACAGGUCGGCACGCAGCCUUUUAAUCGAGCCAUGCUUUUCAACGUCGGUUUUCAAGAAGCAAUGAAGGAUCUGGACUGGGACUGUCUUAUUUUUCAUGAUGUGGAUCACAUACCAGAAAGCGAUCGGAACUACUAUGGAUGCGGGCAGAUGCCGAGACACUUUGCAACCAAGUUGGACAAGUAUAUGUACCUGCUUCCUUACACCGAGUUCUUUGGUGGAGUGAGCGGCUUAACGGUGGAACAGUUCCGGAAGAUCAAUGGCUUCCCAAACGCUUUCUGGGGUUGGGGCGGAGAAGAUGAUGACUUAUGGAACAGAGUACAGAACGCAGGCUACUCCGUGAGCCGGCCAGAAGGCGACACCGGGAAAUACAAAUCUAUUCCUCAUCACCAUCGAGGAGAAGUCCAGUUUCUUGGAAGGUAUGCUCUGCUGAGGAAGUCCAAAGAACGGCAAGGGCUGGACGGCCUCAACAACUUGAACUACUUUGCAAACAUCACAUACGACGCCUUGUAUAAAAACAUUACUGUCAACUUGACACCCGAGCUGGCUCAGGUGAGCGAGUACUGAGAGGAGGAGAGGAUGUACGUGCUUUACCCGCCGCCACCCAGAAGGCAGCCUGGUGUGAUGCCUGGGGGCUCCACACAGGAAGAGAGUAGAAAGACAGUGUCUGAUGAAGGAUCACAGGGCUCGAGGGGGAAAAAAAAAUGUGAACAGUGUCCACGCACAAAACGCCUUCACUGUGGCUUGGGAACUCCCUUCAUGAGGACUGGCUUUCUAUUUUCACAAGACGACGUCUGUCCUGCUGCUCUGCUCCCCCGGUCUCCUGCCCCAGCGUCCAGUCUCAGCCAGGAUCUCUACACCCGGAACCGACAUCCACCACGGUCCCACCGCCGAGCCCGUUCCUACGAACGGCCUUUGGAGCAAAGAGGCAGCCCCACCCCAGGGCAGCGCAAAUGAAACUCCACCCACCAUUCUUCUCCAUCUCUGGUGUUCUCUUCGGUUUCAUUUUUUUAAAGGAAAACAAUAGAUAAAUAAAUCACCUGCUUUGGGUGGGGAUUGAGGGUGGGGGGGAGGGAUUGGGGAAGAUAAAUAGACAUAUAACAAUCACUUCUUGAAGAAGUAUAAUUGUAAAUAAGCCAUGUAAAAUGCCUUUUUUAAAUUUAAUGUUAUAGCUGGCUCCAAUUCGAACCGAGGAUUUCUACAUUAGCUCACUUAUUUGGUUGGCAAAUGCAGGAACUCCGUUAAAAACGCAGGGGAAGUGGAA